GAGCGCCCGCCCGGCGCAGAGGGCGUGCGGGCGUGUGGGCGUCGCGACGCUCCGUCCUCGAUGGGCGCCCACCAGUCGGCGCGCAUCGCUCAGCGGGCCUGCUCCAGCGGCGACGAGGAAGUGAACUUUGACCACUUCCAGAUCUUGAGAGCCAUAGGGAAAGGCAGUUUUGGAAAGGUGUGCAUCGUGCGCAAGAAGGACUCGAAGCAGAUGUACGCCAUGAAGUACAUGAACAAGCACCAGUGCGUGCAGCGCAGCGCCCUGAGGAACGUGCUGCGCGAGGUGGACAUCCUGGCGGGGUUGGAGCACCCCUACCUCGUCAACCUGUGGUUCUCCUUCCAAGACGAGGAGGACCUGUUCAUGGUGUCGGACCUGCUCCUGGGCGGGGACCUGAGGUACCACGUGAAGCAGCAGGUGGCGUUCAGCGAGGACUGCGUGAAGCUGUACGUGGUGGAGCUGGGGCUGGCGCUGGACUACCUGCAGAGCAAGAGGAUCGUGCACAGGGAUAUCAAGCCAGACAAUAUAUUGUUGGACGAGGAAGGCCACGCCCACAUUACGGAUUUCAACAUUGCCACGGUGUUGGAAAAUGAGCAGCUAGCGACCUCCAUGUCGGGAACUAAGCCCUACAUGGCGCCGGAGAUCUUCGACUGCGCCAUGGACGAGUGCGUGGGCUACGGCUACCCGGUGGACUGGUGGUCGCUGGGCGUGUGCGCCUACGAGAUGCUGAGCGGCGAGCGGCCCUACGACAUCCACUCGUCCACCUCCUUGGCGGACGUGCGGCAGCUGUUCUCCUGCCCGGUGGGGUUCCCGGCCGCGUGCAGCCCGGGCGUGGCCGAGCUGCUCACCCGGCUGCUGUGCGUGCGGCCCGGGCCCAGGAUCAGCACCUUGGAGGAGCUCAGGAGGGUGUCUUGCCUGGCCGAGCUGGACCCGGCAGCAGUGCUGCGCAAGCAGGUGCCGCCGCCCUUCACGCCGCCGAAGGACCACUUAAACUGUGACCCGACAUUCGAGCUGGAGGAAAUGAUCAUAGAGGCACGGCCGCUGCACAAGAAGAAGAAACGCUUGGCCAAGCAGCGUUCUCUGCGGGAGAUGCAGAACUCUCUCAGCAUCGACCUGGAAGGGGACGUCCCGGCAGACCUGGAGCACCUGCCGGAGUUCCGGGUGUACAACCGGGAGCAGGAGCUGGCGCGCAGGGAGCGGGAGCGCAAGGAGACGGCCUGGGAGGAGGAGCUGCUGGAGGCCAUGAGCGCCUCGGACCCGCGCGGCCUCCCGGGCUCCGAGGGCCGGGACUUCGAUCGUGCACCGCCCUGCCGGGACACGGAGGAAGCCGCGAGCAAGCUCUCCGCUCUGCGCCUGGGACCCGGAGUGCAGCCGGCCGACUACCUCUUGGAGCACGUUGACGGUUCCGAAGCCCGGGGCAGAGACGAUUUCAGCUAGAAAGGAUGACGGGAGUGACGACUGAUGGCUAGAGACCCGGAAAAAAAUUCGCGGGUUCAAUGAACUUCGGGAUAGAUUCAGGGCCGGCGCGUCCGUACAGGCGAACCAGGUGACCGCCCUAGGGUGCCAAGUAGCUGGGGGCGGCGCAGCACGACACACAACAGCUGAUAUAAUAUGUUUGACGAUCAUUGAAACUAGAUGAAAAAUGGAUUUUUGUAACAGUUUGGAAUGUUUGUAUUGAUACGAGUAAUUAUUUGAAGUCCACGGUGACCUGUUUAUGAUUUGUGAUGAGUAAAAAAGUAAAAAAAAAAAACAAAAGCCUGCUUACAUUUGAUUGUUUGCAAAAUCUUAGGCAUACGUGAUGUAUUUUGAGGCAAGGAAAAAAUUUUUGGGGUGUCCGGUCGGGGGGGGAGGUGGCAAUUAAGGUUUUUCGCCUAGGGCGCCAAUUUACCUUGCACCGGCCCUGGAUGGAUUCCAAUUUUCUCUACACACUCGGGCAAAUGCCAACCGUCCAUUGGCUGCUGACUUGUGAGUCGUCUCGACUGGGUAACCUGUUAUUCGGCACUUCUAUGAGUGAGGGUCUCUAAUUGGCCCUCAUGUCCUCCAGAUUAACAUUGAACCGAUGGCAGAAGCCGCACUAAGGUGUAAUAAUUUGAAUUUUUAGCAUAACACGAAAUGAACCCGCGAAUUUUUCAGGUCUCUACUAAUGGUAUAGCAAAAUUCGAAUCGCACGUGCUCGUUUGGCGUGGAAAUGUGUUCACUAGAAACUUUUGCUAAUAAGGACUACACCAGAAAACUGUCGAAUGUGACGAAAACUGUCGCUUUACGGUAUUUAAGUAGUGCACGUAGAAAGAAUUCAGAGAUAGGAGUGUGUUUGGACUUCUGCACAUUAUGCAACACAUUGGUUUUUCAUUACAGUGGCAAUGUUAAAAUCCAAUGAUGAAAAAAUAUACUAAAACCAUUUUUUGGACUUUUUUUAAAAAAAAAGGUUCAGUAUUAGUAGAGGCAUUUUCUAGUGGUAACUGUGAAUAUAAGAUGAAAUAAUUAAGGUUAAAGUGGUUUUCAUGAACACAAUGAAAUUGUUAAGAGAUGUUGGUUGCAUUCAAGGGCGUAUCAACUCAAACGAAAAGGGUUGGCAAAGGGAGGGAGAAUUUUUUUAAAUUCUGCUUCUUUCAAGGGGGAGGCAGGUCCAUGGUUUCAUACAAUGUGUUUAUAUGAAGAAAUGUCAAUGUCCGUCUCAAAUAUGUAUCCUUGAUGAUUGGUCAGCAAAUACAUCAUUAUUUUUGUUGUCA